AUGGCUUCGUAUAAAAUGAUCGCUGCUUUCCAGAGAUUGUCAGUUUGGUAUUAUUCAUUUAUUAUUGAUUUGCAGAGCUUUAAACUUCCAAUUCCUAAAGAUCGGAUCUUGAGCAGUGGUCAUAGUGUUGAACACCACCUUAACGAAGAUAGAGACUCAGAAAAACUUUGUCCACUCAUUCCUUCAACUCUUGACGAAGGCAAGUUCAAUCGUGCCAAGCUGUUGAACGUGGGAUUCGUGGAGGCGAUGGCUGCUCUUUCGACUACAGAGAGGAAGCUCGAUUGUGUAGUUUUCCACGACGUGGACCAUUUGCCAGAAGACGAUCGUAACCUCUACGUUUGCCCGCAGUCUCCCGACGCACUACAGCUGGCAGUUUCCGUCGACACUGAUAACUACACUGUUACCUAUACGAACUUCUUUGGCGCAGUAAGUGCAAUGAGCGCUGUUACGUUUGAAGCAGUGAACGGCUACAGUAACAUGUACUGGGGAUGGGGCGGCGAGGACGAUGACAUGGCAGAGCGUCUGCAGAGCAUCGGCGUACGCAUUGUACGCAGCGCAGACGUGGUCGGACGUUACACCACGCUCGCCCACCAUCCGCAGAUCAGGAGUUUGGCGAGGUUCGUUACUAUUUCAAAUGCAAAUCUUCCCGUUUCAAUAAUUUCAACAUUCAAAGAUUAG